CAGCUACACUGUCAACAGCAACAACUAGUAAAAAACCCUCGCGUCACAAACGACUGCUGUUGUUAGCACUAGUCUUGGAGAAGUGCAGGAGGAGAGACAGAAGUCUAUUUAUGACCACAUUUUGAGCCCAUAGAAGUCCCAAAAAGAGAGUGAUGAUCACCUGUCUCCUGCCGCCCCGCAACCUGCAGACUUUGCCGCCCUCUGGUGGAGGCUGUCCGGUGGGCGGAGAGGGCGCAGGUCCGGUUGUUAUGGUGAAGCAUUUCCCCAGAGGGCUGGCUGAAGCUGGAGCUGCGGCGGACAGCAGCUGAUUCAGUUUCACGGCUCGCACAGGACCUACCCCUGACAGGCAGCUCAACAGGCUGAAGACUAUGUCAUUCAAGUUGGUGAACACAUUAUACCACAUCUUUUGAAGAUUUACCAAAAAGUGCACCAACACUAUCAACAGGAAGUUGUGAAAUGUUGUUAUUUCACCACCCAGAAAUAUUUUAAUUCUGUCAAAUAUUUUUUAUUGUCAGUAACUGAAGUAGGACUCCUUUUUAUUCUCAUUGGAUGUUUGGUUCUUUCCACCUUGUGGAUUUGUUUUUCACUGCUGCCUAUGGAUUCUCACAAAUCCACACCUCCUUUGGACCAUAUACUGAAGUAUGAUUGCUAUCCGUUUGGAUUAGAAGCUAAGAUAGACUGACCUUUAUAGUUCUGUUGUUUUUUUUUGUUUUUUUUCUGUUUGCCAAGUGGAUGAUUCGCCAAGUUACCCAAAGUAGAAAUGGAUUGGAGGACUGACAGCUGGUUGAAAUCUACCCUUUGGAUUAUUAUGUUUUGGACACCUUCCUGCUGCUAUUUUACUUUAGCACGAUAAGAGUUUUUAAAGAUGGGAAAGAGACAGAAAUAUCUGUCACCUGAUUGCACAACUUAGUUUUUUUUUUCCCCAUCGUAUUUCUGAAAUUUUUGUUGUUUUUUGUGGUUCAGGUUACUUUUGAAGAUGAACUGCAGCAUCUUUUUGUGUUCUCCCACCCUGAUGUAGGCCUCUUUGGCUUCCCUUUAAAAAGGACAAGAGAGGCAUAUGAUAAAUUAAGAAGGCUGAAACCCCCUAAAGGAUAUCCUCACAUAAUAAGUGAAAGAAACAGUACUAUAGUAGCUGAGCCGCUGUGGCAGCCAGUGGCGGUAUCAUGGCAGCAGAACACGGCGAGCUGCUUGCUGAGAUGGCAACCAUGGGGCGUCUGAGUGCCACAGAACGGCUCAAGCAUGCCAAGAAGCGACGCGCUCAGCAGCUGAAGGCUUGGGCACAGAUGGAAAAGGAUGCAGCAAGAGGGUCGAGGGCCAAAGCAGAUAAGAAGAAGCCACGCACCACCAAAGUGACAUUCCCCAGUUCUGUCACCCUGCUUGAUGCUGCUUCCCGCAACGACCUGGAUGAAGUGAGGGAGAUGCUUAACAGCGGAAUCAACCCAGAUCUGGUCAACGAGGAUGGACUGACAGCUCUGCAUCAGUGCUGCAUUGAUGAUUUUGUGGAGAUAGUGCAGUGUCUGCUAGACGCUGGUGCCAAUGUGAACGCUUGUGACAGUGAGUUGUGGACCCCUCUGCACGCUGCUGCCACCUGUGGACACACUGGUCUGGUGCAGCUCCUGAUUCAGGCUGGGGCCGAUCUGCUGGCUGUCAAUGCGGAUGGCAACAUGCCUUAUGACAUCUGUGAGGAUGAGGCUACCCUUGAGCUGCUGGAGAUGGUUAUGGCUGAACAGGGGAUAACUCAGGACCGUAUAGAUGAAUGCAGAGGGGCUAAAGAGGCGGCUAUGCUGGCUGACAUUCAGGCUCUGGUUCAGAGCGGAGCAGAUUUAAACGCACAAGAUGAUAAUGGAGCAACUCUGCUCCAUAUCGUAUCUGCUAACGGCUAUAUGUCUGUGGCUGAGCUGUUACUAGAGAACAAGGCUCAGGUGGAUGUGAAGGACUCUGAUGGGUGGACUCCACUGCAUGCUGCCUCCUGCUGGGGACAGAUGCAGAUGGUGGAACUGCUGGUGGCACAUGGAGCCAAUCUAAAUGCAAAGUCCGUCUUAGAGGAGACACCACUAGAUGUAUGUGUUGAUGAGGAAGUCAGAGCCAAACUGAUGGACUUGAAGCACAAACAUGAUGCCAUCAUGAAGAGCCAGGACAGGCAGAAAGGCACACUGCAAAGACGAGCGUCUAGCACAGGAAGCAGAGGUAAAGUGGUGCGUCGCGUCAGCGUGAACGAGCGCUCCAGUCUCUACCGUCGGGAGCACCACAAAGAAGCCAUGGUGUGGCAGGAGCGCGGUCGACAGCCCGAGCCACAGGACGAUGAUGAGGACAGACAGACCGACAAUGAGUUGCACCAGCAUGCCACCAUGGUUGCUGCUCAUGGUGCAGCAACAUCACAUUUGGAAGAACUGGAGGCUGCAGACAGGAAAAUUAUGCCCAGCCUAGGGAAUGGAGAGACCUCUGUUUCUCUGGCAUCUUCUGUACCUGGAGAGCAGUGGAGUGGGGGAGGAAUCAUGGAGCGCAGCGCCUCCUACCAGCUCGGCUCUGCAUCUGGAGCGGGGUCUGCAGAGGGCGAGGGGGCAGAUAAUAUGACUCGGGAGAAAUCACACCACACCUUGGCUGACCUGAAACGCCAGCGGGCAGCUGCUAAGCUCAAUAAAUACCAAGCACCUGCACCACCGCUGCCCUCGCCCGUUGAGGAGGAGCCCUCUGUUGCAGCAGCUGAGGUUACAGCCACUCAGGCUCAGCCAGAACCUGAAAUGACACCUGCCGCCGAGGCAGUCUCCCCCAGCCAGGUGUACUUCACCCCAGCCAGUGGAGAUCCUCCACUUCUGAAACUUCGAGCCCCUGAGGAAGAGCAGUCCAACAAUAAGGAGCCUUGCUGUGGACUCAUGUAGAAAGAAUCAUGCAAUCAGACAAAUAUGCUGCCUAUAAAGUACAAAAGCUGGUGGCAAAAAGUGGCAAAAAAAAACCCCUGUUAAAACAGACAUGCUUUAAGUGAAUCACUGGAGACUCUUUAGGUUAAGGCUACAUGCCAAUGAUGGAUCAAUCUGCUUUGCAUUCCAAGUGAACUAAAGUGCAAUCUGUGAUUAUUCCCCCUUUGAUUAGCUUUCUCAUUUCUGUUGCACAUUUCACACCUUUAGCAGGUCCUAGCUUUCCCUCCUGCUUCACCUACAGAAGAACUCCAGAUUCUAGUGUUGCAGUUAGAAGCCGACAGCUCCACCACUCUAUUUUUUGGGGGCAUUACAUUACUCAUCUCUUAAAUGCACAAUUAGACUGGCUGAAAGCCUUAGAAUCAUGUGAGGUUUUAUAGAUAAGGCAGAAGACUGAAUUGCAGCUGAUUUAUUUUAAAUUAAUGAGGUUCUUUUUUUUUUUUCUUAAUGAGUGCUAUGACAGGUACAUGAUCUACAUUAGCAUACAUUUAUGUUGUAAACAAGAGUGAAAGAGGUUUGUUUCUUUAUGGGGGAUUAAUCGUGAUUGGUUUAAUCAAUAUUCUGAAUUUAUAUUUAAUGAAGAUGGACCGUUUCCAUGCUUGAUUUAUUUUUUUUCUCCUCUGCUUUGGACUGAAAAAAAAGUUUCUCUUGUUCCUUUCAAGUGCGCAAAAUUUGAAAUGCUGCAAUUUGCUAAUGAAGCAUUUGUCUCUACUGUGGGGAAAUUUAGCUCAGCCCGUCAUCAUCAUCAUCUACCAGAUUUCUAUUUUUCUGUCAGUAUUUCUAUUUUUCUACCGUCAGAAUAUAAUCAUAUUAUUUAUUCUUCCUGAUCCGGAGACAAUUUAUAAAAAGAAAAUUACGAUACAUUUGUGUUAACUGAAUUGUCAAAGAGUCUGUUUAGUUUUCUUGUCAAACUGAGCAAACGUAUCACGAUUGUUUAUCAGAGGUUGGUGCCUUCAUUAAAUGUCUUAUUUUAAAAAAAAAAAGGUUUGCAACGCUUGCACGAAGUCCCACGUUUAAAUUUUGUGAGCAGUGGGAUUAUUACAUAAUCUGUCUGACAUGGACUUGAUGUAAGCUCAAUGCACUCUUAAUUUCUGUAUUGCAUUUCAGUUUUGUUAGUGAUUUUUACUGAUCCCUGUUUAGAAAAACAAAACAUAAAAACAUGUUUUCACAAAUGAUUUUUGUAUAUAUUUUUUUUAAAUGCAAAAACUCUUAAUGAAUGUAUCUGGAUGUUAUGACCGGGACGCUUACAGGGAGGGGAUCGGAUAGUGGGUUUAAGAUGAAAUAUUUUAUUCCAACUUACAUUUUUAAGUGUGUGAUUUGAGGCACAGAUUUGAUCAGGUUAUUGCCUUAUAGUUGGUUCAAAAAAAGCUGAACAUAUCCUAGUCUGUCUUGUUUGUUUGAUGUUGAUGACAGCUCCCUCUUGUGGUAAAAAUGAUCAGCUGAAUAUUUUUUACUUGCCCUCACUCCCCCUUUUGUCUUCCUCUUAGAUCAGAUCAGUCACUCUCUGACUUUCCGCACAUCUCGAAUGACACAGUCUGUUCCGAGCCAUCUGCCAGAACUGCAGUUAAUACACAAUGACAGCUUAUUUAGGUGGUUUAACAUUGUGGUGCACCAGAAUUACCUUCAUCCACACACAUAAAUAUAUGCACACAGAUCCUUAUGUUGUAUAAGGCCUCAGUAACAGUUACCCUUAUGGGGAGGGAGUGUGUUAAAAUUGGAAGCUGCUUAUGUUCAGACUUGUUUUGACUGUGAGCCAGCACCACUGAGUUACAAGGACUGAGCCUGUAAGUCUCUCCUUUAGUAAUUAUAUAGCUGUUGCACAACAUAAGGUAUGUGAUGUUGAUCUGUCAUUUAACGUUGAGGUAAAGUUGGAACAGAUGAUGCACUUACAGUCUGACAAAAUGCACAUGAAAGUCACCAGGGCAUCACAUGCUUGCGUGUGAACUGUUUUAGUUUGGGAUAUCAAAUGUCUUUCCCAAACUCUUUCCAAGACAUCUGGGGGGUGUCUCACACUGUCCUACAGAUACACACUCACAAACCUUUUCUUUCUCUGAUUAAAACAAAUGACAUGCAAAGGAAGGAAAUUUCCAUGUGAAGGUAAAUUUUAUUUGACAUUGCACCCCCGGCAUCAAGUUCCUCUGCAUUCUUUGCCAGAUAGGUGGUUUUUCUCUGGCACUGUAGUUCCUUUCACAUGAAAAGACAGAACUGUGAUGUGGUGUGGGAGUAAUUUAUUAACCCAUACCUUCGUGCCAUAGACCAAUAACCUAAACCAAAAUACAGUAUACAAAGCAAAAGAAUGAAUAUAGUUCUAAGAAGUUUGAAAGUCAAUAUUUGGUAAUGACCACUAUUUAUUCAACACAGUCUGCGCUAAUGAAAGCUGUCUUGUAGUUUCUUUAAGUAGUCUUCAGGAGUACUUCUCCAGGCUUCUUGAAGGACAUUUAAAGCUCUUCUUUGAAUGUUGGCUGCCUUUGGUUUCCUGUCAAGAUGAGCCCACACUGCUUCAACACGGCUCCACCAUGUUUUAGAGUCGACUGUAGACACUCACUGUUGUACCUCUGUCCUGACUUCCUCUGUGCAUAUUGAUGAUGAACCAAAAUUUUCACAUUUGGAUUCAUCACUCCAUAAAACCUGUUGCUACUGAUUUCAGUCUGUGUCUUGUGUAAUUUGGCAUACCUCAGCCUUUUCUCCAUGUUUUCCUUACUCAGAAACGGCUUCCUAACAGCCGCUCUUCCACUGACACCAUUUCUGAUGAGGCUUGAGCGAACAGCAGAUUUAUCAAUUGAAGGGGCAAUGCAUCUCUCAGGUCCUGUGUCAGGUCUUUGCUGGAAAUUUCCCUGUUUCUUAAGGACCUGACUAUCAGAUGCUCUUCUGCUGUAGUCUUUAGACCUGCACCUUCUUUUGUCUUACUCCAUCAGAUUUUUUAAGGGCAUGCAUGAAAGAUGCCAAAUUUUCACCUAAGAGCUCUUUAAAAAUUGACCUUCUUGGUACAGUUUUAUGCCUUUCAAACUGUGUUAUCUUUGGCAUUUCAUAUUUUGAUGUAACAAAUGAUGAGUUUCGUGACAGGCUGUUAGUCACAAAGAGCCUAAAGAUACAAUUUAAAAUUGGUUCUUUGUUAAGUGGUGUGAUGUGUAGACACAACAUUGUUUCAUGCCUUGAGUUAGGUGCCGUUUUCGUAGUUGAAUGAUUUGUAGGUCAGUGUUAAGUUGUUCAACAAACAAACAAACAAGCACAUUCUUCUGAAAAUGUGAAGGUACAAGGACUGGAGUCAAGAUGACUGAAAAAGCAGCCAGUUUCCAGUGGGAAAAAAAAAACUUUGAAAACUUUCAGAACUCUUGCCCAAAACCCUCUUUAGAAGUCUGUUUUUCUACAAGUUAGCUGUUGCUAUUGCACUUAAUGUCCGUCAUAAUACAGGGCAUUAUUCAUCAACAAUCCAAUAGAAAUGAUACUGUUAAAAUGACACAGACAGCAUUAAUCUGACCCCCUCCCUCCGGCAAAGAAGUUUCUAUUCUGAGUUGACAACAUAAUACUUUAAUAGUUACUCUGUUGUUACAUUCACUGUAGCAGUAUACCUCUUUUAUGGAUUUUUUUUAACAGCUAGAAACGCUAAGUAAUAAAAUUAAUGAUACCUGCAUUUCAUUUAUCUGCUUGACAUUCGGGGUCCUGGUAUUGUGCAUGCUGACUGUCAACCUGUAAUGGCUGUCUGGGACACUUCACUGUAAGAAAAGCCAGGCCUGCUUCACCUGCUAUGUCGAGUCAAAAUCUCUGCUUCAGAGCAGGGCCAUGGUAUGGCUGAUAUUACACUGUUGU